GAAAAAUAAUCGAUCGCCAUUUUUUAAUGAAAUUUUACAUAAUUCUAGCAGAGAAAGCGAUGCUAUUUAAGAACUUUUAAGACUGUUUUCCUACUUUUUGGAUAAAACUUGAGUAAUAUAUGUCUAAAAGCUGUUGUAAAACUCUGAAAAGGCUGUAACAGAAGCGGGGUUUUUGAACUAGAAACAACAGCCGGAAGACAGCACUUACUACUUCGAAAUUAUGGCGUCCGCAAAGCCAAAUUUUGUUCUCUUUGCUUUGAACUCAAAUAAAGAUCUGGCUGCUAAAAUUGCAAGGUAAGAAUAAAGAUACAAUGCAGGAGUACUUAAAAUAAGCUUUGAUAUCGUUGUUGUCGGUUUUAAUAUGAAGAUUUUUGCCAUGUGGCAUGUGCUAGCGAACUGUGUUGAUCGAGGUUCAUGGAACAAUUUUGCAAAUUUGCAACGGGAACAAAACUAUUAUGGGGAAAAUAUUAGGAAACAAGGAACAUGUCAAUAAUGUCAUGUAAGUUGUGUGUGGAGGAAGGGUUAAAUUCCAUUUGCUCAGCGGGCAGCCAAAAUUAUCUCUCACUGAGCGGCGACCCCAGACUGUAAAUAUGUUUGGCCUGCAGAAUUUGUGUCUAAAUCAUGAGUUUGCACAUUUUCGGCAGUGAGCUCUUACCAUCCAUGACAUCCAUGCGUGAUAACUUUGAUAUAAUGAGUUACUUUGAAAUGUUGAUUACUAUAGAUUUGAAAUGUUUGAGGAUAGAAUUAAUACUGAGGCUUGUGAAAUUUGUUUAUGUUACAGUAUAAAUACAGUACUUGAGAAAAGAUUGGCAACUACUUUACCCAUCCCAUUGACUAUACUCUGGUCUAACCUUAUUAAAAAUAUCAAAGUGACUAUAUGACCAGCAGCUGGUCACGGUUUAUCAAAUACUAAAUGGCCGGCAGUACAGUGACUAUUGUUAAAGUUGAAUUUUUAUAAGAUAAACCAAACCCUUCUCUAACCUUGACCCCCAACCCUAACCUUUUCAGAGUUCUGAAAAAAGAGUUUAAAAAAUUUUAAGAAAAAACAGUGCUAAAUCAGACAUAAUACAUCCCGACCCUGACUGCAUUUCACUUUCCACACGCAGUGCCUUUGCCGAAUACGCCAACCGCAAGCUUGGUAAAUGCUAACGCAAACAAAACUUUUUAUAUUUAACUAUAGUCACUAGACUGACGGCCAUUUAGUAUUUGAUAAACCGUGACCGGCUGCCAGUCAUAUAGUCACUUUGUAAAAAUAUUAAUACAGUAGAAUGUGGAUUUUUUUGUUCUGUAUUGACAGUUUCAUUUAAAUUUCCUUGGCAAAGGGUUGGGGAUUUGCCUGUUAAAUUUGAACAAUCAAAUUUUCAAAAGUUAAAUUUCCCUGGGGUAUGGUGAUAUUUUGAAUUGAUUUAUAUAUAAGCAGGGUUGCAGGGAUAAUAUGGAAACAGAUGCUCUGCAUAUAAUUGCUUCAGACCAUUGAAUCAACCAGCACUGCAGCACAUCCAAUCAAGUAGAGCUGUGCGGUUCCAAAAAUUUUAUCUCGGUUCCGGUUUCGGUUUUUUUGGAACAAAAAACCUCGGUUCGGUUUCGGUUAUUUUCAAAAAAGAAGAACAGUACAAAUGUAUGAACUCAUUUAUGUAUGUUUCGAGCAUUUUUACUAAAUAGAUGAAUUUAUGCCUUUGUAAGUUUGUAUAAAUCUUUGAAUAUUUUAAAAGAACAAUUGGAAUUUAUUUAUGAAGUUGUAAUAUUUCUUAGUUUUUAAAAAAAUUAAAGCAAGUUCACAAAAAUAACUAUCACAACUAAAAUAUCAACUAUUUGAGCACUUAUUACAGUGCAUAUUGUGCACAAAGAGCACAAUCUUGUUAUUUUCCAAACAUUUCAACCUGCAAUCAGGUGGUCGUUAAACGGGAAAUUAAAACCGAAACUACCGGUUUUUUGCGUAUAGCUUUUCGGUGCUGAAAAAAGUACCGGAAGAACCGAAUUUUUCGGUUAACCGCACAGCUCUACAAUCAAGUUAACAAAAUUUUUCAUUCUGUAAUCUAUUUCUAGUCGUUUAGAAGCACCACUUGCAGACAUCCAUGUUGGAGAAGAACCUGAUAAUAGAGGUUUGUUAAAUCAGUGAUUGCAACGGUCUUUCACUGAUGAGCAACAUGACAAAUUGAUUGAGGUGUAAAAGAAGGAAUAAAGUGAAUGGCCCAAUUUAUACUGGUGACGGAUACAUACAACAAACUUUGCUCAAAUUUGUCUGGACAUCAACUGUCUUGUUGUGUUUACACUAAUUAGAAGACAUUUAUUUGACUGAAAGAUGAUGCAUCUUAUAGCUAAUCUCACUGCACUGAGGCUUAUAUAGUGAAAAUGUGAUAAAAAAUUCUUCUUAUGUAGAAACAACAGUUGAUAUCAGCACGUCUGUUCGUGGCAAGGAUGUCUUUAUUUUGCAGUCCGGUGCAGCGUAAGUUCUUGUAUUUGAGUAAUGUGUCAUUCCAGAAAACAUCCAUACCUUUUCCACGGAGGAAAUUGGAAGUUAACCCCCCUACCCCCUUUGAUGGCCUAAUACGCUUACUAUUAUCAGAAACAAAUUUUUCUCCCCUGCCCCUCCGGAUGGUAGAAAUUUCCUUCUUGGGGGCAGGCUGGAUCUUUUCUGGAACAACCCAAAGACAAACACCAUAUUUCCAUUGUCAGUCCUCAGCCAGACAGCCACCCGCUCCUACCACAUCAAUGCACCCUCCUCAAACCCCCACACUACACCCCUACUACACCUCCAUACUCCUACAAUACCACCACACUACACCUCCAUACCCCUACUAGUAAGAACCCUUACAUUGUCCAAUACCCCCCCCCCCAAAGGUUUACUUUUUAGCACCAUCUUGCAAUUGAGUACCUCUAAUCAUAUCUGUAUGUACUAUCCACAACAUGAGCAGCCGUGUUGUAUUGGAUGUACAAACUCAAGCCGUCGAGGCGAGAAACGUCUUGAUGAGAACAUUUGUAUUCUAAUUAACAAUUUGAAAUAAAUGAAUGAUUUUUGGGGAGAAAAUUGAACUUAAAGUUUAUGAAAAUCAGCAUGAUGUUGUAUCAGAUAAUUAUACAAAAUCCUUCAAGCUCAUGAUUUCAUUUCUGUUUUUCAUGAAUUAUUUUAAAACGAGUUUCACAAAACCAUAUAUUGAUUAAAUAUUUCUUUUCAGAGAAAACAUGAGCGUGAAUGACGCCCUGAUGGAAUUAUUAAUCACAUGUUACGCGUGCAAGACGUCCUCUGCUAGGAAAAUAAUUGGAGUCGUUCCAUAUCUGCCUUACUCCAAGCAAAGUAAAAUGAGAAAUCGAGGUUCAAUCCCAUCACGGCUAAUAGCAGAUUUAUUAUGUGGAGCAGGUAGCCUGACAGCUCUUGUUUUCAUUAGUGUGUUUUUGUAGGAUAUUCUACACAGUUUAGCUAAGCUUGUGAGUAAAAGUCCUCAAAGUGAAGAGAAAGAAAAUGAGGGGUUUAGUAUAAGUAGUAUUCAGGGUGCGAUCAGGAUCUAUUUUAAAAGGGUGUUUUGCUAUUUGAAAAGGGUGUUUUGCUAUUUAAAAAGGGAGUUUUGCUAUUUGAAAAGGAAGUUUUGCUAUUUGAAAAGGGUGUUUUGCUAUUUGAAAAGGGAGUUUUGCUAUUUGAAACGGGAGUUUUGCUAUUUGAAAAGGGUGUUUUGCUAUUUGAAAAGGGUGUUUUGCUAUUUGAAACGGGAGUUUUGCUAUUUGAAAAGGGUGUUUUGCUAUUUGAAACGGGAGUUUUGCUAUUUCAAACAACCGACUCCAAUGUUUCUUAGUGCCAUCAGUGCAAUCAUGUUUCAUGCCAAGACAUCUCAGACACAUGAUAUACCAACUAAAUUACGGUAUUGAAUACCUUGGACUUGGAAAGGUCAUGUGCUACAAGAAAAAAAUAAGUACGCAGAUAGCAAGAGUUACGUGGCUGAAAACAAAGAAGUACCAGACAGUAAUAUUGGCGUACCUCCGGUACGUAAGUACGCAAAUUAUAGCACCCUGAGUAUUUUGUCAUCAGGGUUCGUACGUCCCCUGAAAAACCAUAGAAAACUAAACUUGUGUCUAAGAUACGUAAAGUUAAACAUAAAGAAAAAGUUGUCGAAGUAUUGGCAAAAUGAAUCAAUGAUGUUUUGUUUCAGGUCUCACUGGAUUAAUAACAAUGGAUUUACAUUCAAAAGAGAUUCAAGGAUUCUUUAAAUGUCCAGUGGACAAUCUCAGAGCAUCUCCCUUCAUUGUGCAAUACAUUCAAGAG